ACGUCAAGGGCCAAUACAAUUGACCAAUCAGUGCUAAGAUGAUGGGAGGUAAUCGGGUAAUGGCAUUUUUCCCCAUCAGGAGAGAGAGAAAGAGUAAGUAAAAAGAACUACAGAGUGAAAGCAGACAGCCGCGCAAAGUGCCGAAGCGUCCAAGAUCAUCCUGGAUGUUAAUCAAUAAGUAAAGGACAUGUGGGCUGGAAUUUCAUCCAACUGACAGGAAACUCUUUCUGGUUUUAAAGGAGUGCAAGAUUUGCAUUUGAAACUCCCUAGGAUUUCUCCAACCCGCCCCUUCCCUCCCCCUUCUCCCCUCCUCCCCGGGAAAACUAAUUGACAUUUUAAAGGUGUCAGCCAAACUGAUGAUGUUCAGAGGAGAGAUUAACUUGUAGAUGGCGGUCUGGGAGAUGGUACCGUGACUCAAGAGCCGCAAAGGGAGGAGGGUAAAGUGGAAGGAUAGAGCGUGGAAUAAAACGAAAGGAAGAGAUUUGGGAGGAUCGCUCUGUGCCCUGAUGGUGCCAAGAUAAGGAGAAUGAAAAGCAAGGAAGAACAUUCGGAAGGAGCUUGUUCGACAGCCGAAAGAGAGAGCAGAGGGGCGAAGGAAAUCAGCGCCUGGGCUUGGAUGCUGUGCUCUGCCGAGGGAUUGAGAAAGGAACAAGAAAAUGAAAUUGAGGAUUGCACCGGCCGAUCUUAUCUCUGAUGUGAGAUGAAAGAGAGCGCGAAGAAAAGGAGGAGAAUUAAAGGGCCACGGGAACCGAGAAAAAGAAAAAAACCCUUACCGCACUGCUUUGUGAUUGGAAAAUAUAAUCAGUUCGUAGAGGAGGAAAGAAAGUUGUUCUGGGAGUAACGUAUGUAUAUUUAAAGAAAAACAAACAGAGGUUUGUUGGCGUUCAGACACGGGCAGCCAGGAUAACACGCUAAAAGAUUCCGAUUCCUUGAGUGGAGAGGGGAAUUCUAGUUGGGAUGUGAUGGCUCUUUGAGUUUGGGAAGAAGAAAUGAAUGCCGCUGUUUAAAGAGAGAAUACGCUGCUCGGGAGAAGGAGAGAGGGGCCGAUGGCCAGGGAAAGACGGAGUGAAUGAAGAGACGUGCCUUUUGGAUAUUUCUGCGGAGCGGACGGGAAUGCCAUGCCGGAAAUUGAUUUGAAAUUGCAGAUGUGCAUUUCUCUGCUGAGAGGGGAGGAGAGAUUUGGGAACUAAAAGAGACGUGGAAACGGGAGCAAGGGAAAUUAAUCUAUUAUACUAAUAACUUGAACUCAAGAAAACAAACAUCCAAUAAAUUAUGAAUGUUGAACAAGAUGACAUUGCAUCCACAGCAGAUGAUGAUAGGUCCAAAGUUUAACAGGGCGAUACUCGACCCUUUAUUUGUGCUGCUGUUGGCUCUACAACUUCUUGUAGUGGCUGGUUUGGUUAGAGCGCAGACUUGCCCUUCCGUGUGCUCCUGUAGCAACCAAUUCAGUAAAGUGAUCUGUACGCGACGGAACUUGAGAGAAGUGCCGGAUAGCAUCUCCAUUAACACACGCUACCUGAACCUGCAAGAGAACAGAGUCCAAGUAAUCAAAGCUGACAGCUUCAAGCACUUAAGGCACCUGGAGAUUCUACAGUUAAGUAAGAACCACAUCCGGCAGAUUGAGGUUGGAGCCUUCAAUGGCCUGACAAAUCUCAACACCCUGGAGCUAUUUGACAACCGCCUUUCCACCAUCCCCAGCGGAGCUUUUGAGUACCUAUCCAAACUGAAAGAGCUGUGGUUGAGGAAUAAUCCCAUUGAAAGUAUACAAUCGUAUGCUUUCAGUCGAAUUCCUUCUCUAAGGAGAUUAGAUUUAGGUGAGCUGAAAAGACUUGAAUAUAUCUCAGACAGAGCCUUUGAAGGUUUGUCAAAUCUAAGAUAUCUGAACCUUGGUAUGUGUAAUCUUCGGGAAAUCCCAAACCUCAUGCCUCUGAUAAAAUUGGAGGAACUGGAACUAUCAGGGAAUCGGCUUUCAUUAAUCCGACCGGGCUCCUUUCAGGGUUUAACUAACCUGCAGAAACUGUGGAUGAUGCAUGCUCAGAUCCAGGUGAUUGAGAGGAAUGCCUUUGAUGACCUUCAGUCACUAAUAGAGCUUAACUUGGCACACAAUAACCUGACUCUGCUGCCUCAUGACCUCUUCACACCCCUUCAUCAUCUAGAGCGGGUCCACUUGCAUCACAACCCAUGGAACUGCAAUUGCGAUAUCUUGUGGCUGAGCUGGUGGCUGAAGGAGAUUGUACCCUCCAACACAACAUGUUGCGCUCGUUGUCACGCACCUCCUAGUUUAAAAGGGAAUUACAUUGGAGAACUGGACCAGAACAAAUUCAACUGCUACGCUCCAGUAAUUGUAGAGGCUCCCACUGAUCUCAAUCUGACCGAGGGAAUGGCUGCAGAGUUGAAAUGUCGAGCCUCAACCUCCAUGACCUCAGUGAGUUGGAUUACUCCCAAUGGCACAAUUAUGACUCAUGGAGCAUAUAAAGUUCGUAUUUCCGUGCUGAACGAUGGCACGUUAAAUUUCACAAAUGUGACUGCGGAGGACACGGGAUUGUAUACAUGUCUGGUGAGCAACUCUGCAGGAAAUACAACAGCUUCAGCCACUCUGAAUGUGACUGCUACAGAAAACAGCACUUUCACUUAUUUUACAACUGUUACAGUGGAGACUAUGGAGCCAUCUGUACAGGUGCACACGACGGAUGAUAAAUUUAGGCCUACACCUUUCAGCGAGUGGGAUACAACAUUUGUAACGACCUCCUUGACUCCUCGGAGCACAAAGUCAACAGAAAAGACAAUCACUGUUGCUAUUACAGAUGCAGGAGAAAAUCUCAUACCUGGCUUGGAUGAGGUGAUGAAAACUACAAAGAUUAUUAUUGGUUGCUUUGUUGCCAUCACACUAAUGGCGGCAGUGAUGUUAAUCAUUUUUUACAAAAUGCGCAAACAGCAUCACCACCAGAAUCACCAUGCUCCCACCAGGACCAUCGAGAUCAUCAAUGCAGAAGAUGACAUCACAGGAAGUACUGCUGUGGAGAGUCACCUGACCAUGCCCACGAUAGAGCAUGAGUAUAUAAACCAUUAUAACUCUUAUAAAGCUCCUUUCAACCACACUACCACAGUAAACACAAUUAACUCACUACACAGCUCUGUGCAUGAACCAUUAUUGAUGCCAAUGAACUCUAAGGACAAUGUGCAAGAGACACAAAUAUGAGCGGGGGGAUAAAAUACACAAAUUUACAAAUGACAAACAGGACAAGGCUGAUUCUACUGUUUAAAAGAAGUGUCUUUAAAGAGGUUUAUUUAUUAAAAAUAAUUCUAUUGUGAUCUAAAACAGAGACAAUUAUGUGUAUUCCAAACACUGAUUUGACAUGAUGCUGCGCCCAAUAAUUUAGUCAUCACCAUGUUUUUCAUAGGAGAUUUUGAUUCUCUAAGGGACUAUUCAGAUAUUUUGUAAGGAUUAUGUUUCACAUGGGGUUUUUAUGGUGAAUUCUAGUGGUGAGAUUCAGUCUGUUUUGUCUCAUUCUGUUAUUUCAUGACUCUCACAACCGGUAAUGACAGAGAAUGCAGUAUUAGAGGUAGAUUUAUAUUAAAUCUUUUAUUUUCCAUGUAUCAUCUUGUUCUAUAUUUACAAACAGAAUCAUUCUGUGAAGAUUGCUUGUAAAAAAAAUCAAAAAAAAAACACAUACCCAUGAUCUUUUAAACAAUUCUAGAUCCAGAAUUUGUAGUUAAGUACUAAAUAAGAUUAUAAAUAAACUAUUGUUGGUUUUCAGUACCUUCAGAUAUCAAAAUUAAUGGUUCUGAAGUUGGAAUUUGACACUGUAUUUGCAAUAUUCAGUAACAUAUUAACCCAGUUCAGAGGGAAUCAAUACUUCAAAUUUGAUUAGCUCAAUUCUAAUUUAAUUGGUAUAAUAACCACAUUAUCUUUUUUUUUCUCAUUUUGUCAUGUUAACAUAGCACAAGGCUGUGGAGGUAUGGCAAGCAGUAACAAAUAUUUUGGGGAAAGAAAGAUGCAAAGACAGAUAGGAUUUCCUGUUAAUACGUACCCAAUGUACAUUGCAUGGGUACUCAACACAUAAUUGUCAGGUUUUUUUUGAGAAAAGCAUUCAGCACAUAAUGCAGGACCCACUUGAAGAUUAUGAAGCUUACAUCACACUAAAGGUUAUUCCACUGAAGACAUAUCAUCAGGAUAAACUGUCACAACCAGAAUUGAAGAUUGUGCAUGGAAUCACUUUAUCAAGGGAUUAAAUAUACACCUAAUUCUUAAACAGAUUACAGGUUGUGUUAAGAAAUGGCACACUAAUUGCCAUAAUAUGUUUUGAUUUAUAUGAAUGGAUUAAAAAGGGUUUUAAUCUCUAUGUCCCAUUUUAUUGCAUAACAUUUCCCCCCCAAAAAUCUACAAUACAUUUGGUUUGCACAAAUAAUGGAAUUUUUACAUUGUUCUCGGGUCAACUUCCUGUCUAACAGUAUAAAGUGAGUGGUUAAGUGCCACCUCAUGAUAACAAGGGAGGCAUAUUAAGCAUCACUUUGUCAUCAAUGCCCGCAUGCAAUAAAUAAAAUAAUUAAAUACCAUUCAAUUUUUCCAGUUCAUCUCAAGAUAAGUAAUGACCACUGCAUUUAAAGACACUGGGGAUUAGAAAUUGAACCCUAUUAAAGUGUAUUUAUAUUACUUUGAACAUUUUCUAUAAAAAUGGAGAUAACCAAUCUUCACAUUAUAUGAAGUAAAGUAUUAGUUACCAGUCAAUCAUUUCUCUUUCCUUCUCCUUCAUUAUGUGAUGAUUAUUCUAGUCAUAUUGUUUACAGUAUUUAUAAACUUACGAUGCCCUUAAUGGAAUAAAAUUACAGCUUUGUCUUUGAAGAAUAUCAUUUCAUCUGAAUAGAUUUGCAUUAAUAUUAAGAGUUCAUUUUUUUUAAGAUGUUAUGAUGUGUGAUCCGAGCUUCCAAGAUUUAAUUAAAAACUCUUAACACCUCAUUUAAAAAUAAUUUGUAAUGUAACCAAUUAACCACAUUUGCCAGUACUCCUGGGAAGAACAUUCUGUCAAUUUAUGAUGUAAAAAUGGUAUAGAAAUGCAAGUUGUUAUGCUUCCAUUGUGCUUUUGUUGGAAGUAGCACCUCAUACUUACGUCCUGAUAUUUUGAUACCUUGGUAAGUUUUGAUACAAGAGCGAUGAGGAACCAUUUGACCUUUGUUUUCACUCUCUUUGCAUGGAUCAAACUUAUACCAAUACUCUAAGAGAUUAAAAAGUCCUAGUCAAGGUCAUUUUGAGCUUGUAAUUUAAAUUAAAUUAUCUUUUUUUUUUUGUUUGGCAGGAAAGCCUUAGGAAGAUUGCCUGGUAUUUGAUUUCAACAUCUAAAGAAGCUAAAAAGCACAUUCAGAUAUUCAGAAAAUCAGGCCACGUUGCAAAUCAGACCUGAAGAACAUGGGGUCAGAGAUAUGCUUAUUAAGGCCAAUUAUCUGAGUUACUUUGAAUUAAUAAGGAAAAAGCUAUUGGGCAAGAACAGAGGAUGAUCAUAUCUGUUCCCUUGGAGAAGUAAGGGAAGAAUAAUGAUUAUGACAAUGUUUAGAAUGUAUUUAUAAUAUACCUGUUGCAUUAAAUUUCCAGGAAAAUAGGUAUUAUGAAAUUCUGUCUGCUAAUUUCAGAAGACAUAGUUAAAAGAAGACUGUUCAGUCAAAUAAUUUUUUUAUAAAUUUAUAUAAAACCGAAAACACUAAAGUCUAGGAUAGCUGCUCAUGCUUUCUACUGUCAGUAUUUGACACAAUUUGCAUCAUCAAGUGAAACCUGAUACAAAAAUGUAACUAAGCAGUUCUCCAUGGUAACAGUGGCCCCCAAGCAUUACCUCUUGAAACAUUAUUCAAAAGUAUGCGUAAUUAUUGCAAAAUAACUGCAUGCUUAGAUUUCAGGGAAAAAAACAAUCACAGAUGAAGUGAGAGCUCAGAUCAUAAUAAGCAAAUAAAAAGGAAUAACACUAGCAUGUUAUCUUAAAUGUGUUA